AUGUCGCUACAAACACCUCUAUGCUCCCUGCUCAAAAUCAAGCACCCGGUGCUCCUCGCCGGCAUGGCACGCGCAUCUGGAGCCCCUCUAGCAGCCGCCGUCUCCAACGCCGGAGGUCUAGGAACCGUCGGCGGUCUAGGCUACAGCCCCGAACAACUAGACGAGAUCCUCACGGAGCUGAAAUCGCUUCUCCGCGACCCGUCGCUGCCAUUCGGCGUUGACCUGGCCCUGCCGCAGGUGGGCGGGAGUGCGCGCGCCACGAACCAUGAUUACACGCACGGGCAGCUGGACCAGCUCAUCGACGUGGUGAUCGCGCACGGCACGAAGCUAUUCGUCUGCGCCGUCGGCGUGCCUCCCGAGCGGGUCAUUCGGCGACUCCACGACGCGGGCAUCCUGAUCAUGAACAUGGUCGGGGCGCCGAAGCACGCAGAGAAGGCGCUCGCGCUGGGCGUGGACAUCGUGUGUGCGCAGGGCGGCGAAGGUGGCGGGCAUACGGGCGAUAUCCCCUUCUCAGUGUUAGUGCCGGCGGUGGUGGAUGCGGCGAGGAAGUAUCGGAGUCCCUUGACGGGGCAGCCGGCGCUGGUGGUGGCGGCAGGGGGCAUCAAUGACGGGCGCAGUCUGGCGGCGUCGCUGAUGCUGGGGGCGUCCGGGGUGUGGGUGGGGACGCGGUUCGUGGCCUCGGAGGAGAGCGGCGCCAGUCGAUUGCACAAAGAGGCGGUGGUCGGGGCGCAGUAUGGCGAGACGCGACGCACGCUGGUCGUCUCCGGACGGCCGCUGCGGAUGCUGCCGAAUGACUACGUCAAGGAAUGGGAGAAGCGCCCGGACGAGAUUGCCAAGUUGACGGCCAAGGGCGUUGUGCCGAUCGAGCACGACUUCAACAACGACAAGGAGGUCGACAUUCCGUUCUUGAUGGGCGAUGUCUCGGCGAUCAUCAAGGAGAUUCAGCCGGCUGGGGUGAUUGUUCAGGAAAUGGUGCAGCAGGCAGUGGAUGUGCUCAGGCAGGGAGGUGGCUAUAUCACCAGUACUGGAAGCAGUAAACUAUGA